AUGGCAGCCAACAAGAUAGCCAAGUUACCUCUACGCUCUGUCCUCCGUCCGCUUAGAGCUCUCCGUCACCAGUCAUGGCCUCCAUCCACAGCUAUUCCUCCCAAACUUGACUCAAGCCAGCCGGUCGAAGAAGAGAACUCCCCAUACUACCACCCAUCUUGCUUCUACCCAGCCAGGAUCGGGCAGGUCCUCCAUGACCGCUAUCAGAUUGUGAGCAAGCUCGGCUACGGUAGUCGAGCAACCGUCUGGCUUGCUAAGGAUCUCUAUCAAUGGCGCUGGUUUCAUGAAAGAUACGUGGCAGUCAAGAUAAGUUCUAAUAGUGAUACCCGUAAAGUGGCGGGCGAUGCCGAAGUCGACAUUCUCCGACACAUUUCCACAGCGAAUCCCGGGCAUGUAGGCUGGCAUUUCGUCCGUCAGCUGCGUGAUUCCUUUCAGCUAGAGGGCACUGCUCCAGGGAGGCCUCAUGCAUGCCUUGUGUUUGAUCCACUUCGCGAGUCCCUUGGGCGGUACUGUAGAAGAUGGAACACCGGUGCAAUGCCUCCAGAGUUCUUUAGAAUAGUACUUCAGAUGAUUCUUCAGGCACUCGACUAUUUACACACGGAAUGUCACAUUAUUCACGCUGUCCGUGGAGACGGUCCUGUUGCUCACGAUGGGUGCAUCCAGGCAGAAGUGUACCGCGCCCCAGAAGUGGUGCUGGACAAAGGCUAUAGCUAUAGUGCUGAUAUCUGGAGCUUAGGGGUUAUGCUGUGGGACUUUCUCGAGGGCAGAACCCUGUUUGACGCCGUUGACCCCUUUAAAGUCCCGGAAUAUGAUGACGAGAAACAUCUUGCUUAUAUCACUGCACUUUUGGGACCUGCGCCAAAAGAUUUGCUCGACCAAGGCAAGCGGACGUCGAUGUUCUAUAACCCCAGCGGGAACCUGCACACUCCAUCCCUGAUCCCAACGGACUUUAGCUUUGAAAGCACGGUCAGCAUGAUGAGCGGAGAACGAAAGAGGAGAUUCAUCAGUUUUGUACGGCGGAUGGUCAAGUGGAAGCCUGAAGACCGCAGCACCGCAAAGGAGCUGUUGAGUGAUCCGUGGCUGCACGAAGACUUUCCAGAAGAGUAG